AUGAAGUCGUACGCGCGCAAGAUGUCCGGUGGAGGCGGUGGCCCAAAGUCAGCGGGUGCAUUCGGCGCCUCGGCUGCUUCCUCAACGACGUCUGCUGCCGCUGUAACCGUAACCAAGUUUGGCCAGGCUACCUUCACGUCGAUUCGCCGAAAUGACUAUGAGAAUGGCACAACAAAGUUCGUUCCUCUUCAAAGUACAGUUCAGGAAGGCGCUACUCCAGACGUCAAAAAGGAGCAGAUUGAUGUCAAAACGCCACAACCUCCUAAACCAAAAGUGUUUAAAUUCUUUAAAUCUCGGGCACCUGAAGGCGCCAGCUCUUCACCGGGGAACAAAAGUUCUAUCAACAAUGCCACAACGAAAGCUGUAGUUCUAAACAGUACCUCCAAGGACGCCGGCGUUAAGCGAAUCACCGCUACAAUUGGACGUAAUUCAGUUAACCACAGUAACCGUAAUAGUAGUAAAGGUGAUAAGUCAACAAACCAAUACUCCCAGCCUACUGCCGGUACGACAACUAUCAGCCUAUCACCGACUAAAUCUUGUGAAAUUAAAAUAUGCGGCGACAAAACAUUCAAGAAGGUUAUAUCGCCGACAAAGACGACACAGUUUGUCAUUCGCAAUUCCAAUGUACGCAACGCUACAGUAAAGCCGACAAUGGCUACUCCGACAAAUGUUCUCUCCGUGCCCAGAGGUGUUCGCGCGUCACGAAGACUCAAAGGAAUCGAACCUGAACAUGUGAACAAGUCGAUUCGAAAAACACAAACAGUUCAUUUAGUUUAUGACAAAAGCUCUUCAAGUGCUGCCAGUGUCGACAAUAUUUUUGCUCACGUUGCAAAGGAAAAUAAUGCGAAUAAUGAAAAUGAAGCCCUCACCACAAUGAUUGAAGAAUCUAAGGAUCCUGAUUCUGACGAGGAAGUGGAAUAUGAGCAUAAUGGCGAAACUGGAAAUACUGCCGAAAUGAAUGAUCAUUUAAUGGAACCUUUAGAGUCGGUUGUAGAAAAUGAGAAAGAUGAGGAAGCGGAGAAGGAUGAACAAGAAAAAGAUGUUGAUAAAGGUGAAGGUGAAAAGGAAGAAGAGACUGAAAAAGAAGAAGUUGAAAAAGAACUUGUAGAUGAAGUUUCAGUUGAAGAGGCAACAAAAGUGUCUGAUCAGUUUGUUUCUUCUCAAGAUUACUUAUCUGCAGACUCACAGGCGCUCGACUUUGAAAUGUCUUCUCAAUCCGAAGUAGGUGGUUCUCAGCCAAGUGCCUUUUCAGAUUCUCAGCCAGAAAGCAAGUCAGUGACUGCAAAGCCUAAAAAGAAGAUUUUCUCAAAUCGAGAUCGCAGCAAGGUGGAAUUUAAUACAAAGAGUUUCUUUAAUUCUGCGGUAAAAGAUGAGUUUGACAUGGAUCUGGAGGAUCAACCACCCGCUGGAGCGACUUCCAGUAAUGCUGACAAGAAGAACGGCCAUGAAAAUGAUGAAGACCCAGAUCAGUUCAUUAAGCUGAAGCGAAUAAAGAAGGCACAUCAGUGUCACGAUUUAGGAGAAACUGAACAGUUUGACGAAGAUAUAAAGUACUAUCUGAGUGGAAUUGUGGCGACAAACACCAAUUCAAUGCGUUGUCUUAGCAUUAUUGGCUUGGCACAGAACGCCAUGCGACCCGAGUUCAGGAUGCACCUACGAGCUCAUGAUGAUAUGCCUCGUAUAAUUAAAGCUCUGAUGGACGCGCCGCAAGAUCCUAAUCUGGCUAUUUGCACGGCGACUUUGAUGUUUGUCUACAGUCAAGACCGCCUAACGAUGGAUAUUGAUCCAAAUGCGCUUUCUCUGAUUCUCGACUUGCUGGAGACACGCUCUGAUGAGUGUCAUCAAGCCGAAGAGAAGCAUCGUGUCAAACUAGAAAAGCUAGUUGAAGAGAUGAAAAACAAGGGCCAUGCAAAAUACCUGAAACUUACUGAAAUUACCGCUGGAAAAUUAGCAAUGGAAACCCUGCUUGGCUUAACAUCUAAGCGUGCUGGUGACUGGUUCAAGGUGGAGUUUCGCAAAAUGAAAGGAAUUGACUUUAUCGUCGAUACUGUACUUAGGUGUGCAGAAAACUACGACGAAGAAGGUCAAAUGGUCAAAAUUGAUCGAUGCAUGCAUGUCCUGGAAAAUGUGACUUUUGAUAAUGUUGAGAAUCAACUGUACAUAACUAGUUACAGCGAAAUUGAUGGCUGCAAAGUAGUCGGCUCAUUCACUGGAAUAUUCGAUCUUUUACUGGAAUCUUUUUUCGAGCUACCCAACAUUAUCAUUAUUGAUCAACGAUUUGACUUGAUGGUGAUAAUUUUGUGCCUUUGCGUUAACCUGGUAGAGUUUUGUGAGCACAUACGAGAAAUCGUCAUGACAUCAGAGGAUAACAUGACUCGAUUGAGUGAAUUUCUUUUCAAGAAAAUUGAAGAAGCCGCUCAGGUGGAGCAACAAACUGAUCAUCUCUUGGAAUCACACGAAACUGUACCGAUGACUGAAGCAAUGCAAGACAAUCUGCUGACACAAA